UUGUAUCUAGACCCAUUUUAAAUCAAGCAGGUUCCCUUCAGACCAGUCAUCUCAGGGGAGGCAGCUGAGGCGGGGAGUGAGCUGUCAGUGGGGUGCGGCCCCCUAGCCAGGGGCUGGCCCUGCCAGCGUGCCUGUGUUUCAAAGAGGUGAAGUGCUGAACUGUGCGGACCGGGAGGCAAGGGAAGGUCCAAGUUGCUGGAGCGCACCCAAGGUGCCCCAUGGGGAACACGCUGAGUUGUUGUUUGUGCCCCAGAGGCAGAGGCAGACGCAGGCGAGGUCUGCGUAGGUGGCCUGAGGAUCUGUCCUUCGGCUCUGACAUCAAUGGGGCGGUGGCAAGCAAAGGUCCAGGCCAACACAGAAGGAACAAGUCCAACACCGGUGCCAGACCCAUUUGGUGCCCGUGCUGGCUGUGUGGGGCGGUGUCCGGCAGCUAUGACCUCGACGAGGCAGUGUCGAGCACAAGUGCAGACCAAGACAGAGAGGAGCAGAGGCCGGGCAGAGAGAUCACGGUGCUCCCCAAUGCCAGACCCAAGCAGAGCCAGCACAGGGUGCACUGGGCAGAACCGAUCUGCAGCCAUAACAUCAAUGAGAGGGAGGUGGCGAAAGCGCCAGACCGUACUGCUGUGGAGCCUGCCCUGCGGGAUUUGGGAGCCGGUGACGGCCAUGACCUGCAGCACAUCAGCGACCAGGAGAUGCCCAAAGGUCUUGCUUCUGACCGUCCAAGGGCAAGCACACUCUUCCUGAGAAAGUAUCAAAUGAGUGUGCAAGAAAAGAGGAGAAGCUUUCGCAUAUAUUCUGUAAUUAAACUUUCGAAAAGUUAA